AUGAAUCCACUGUUGCCUGAAAGCAAUAGUAACCCAGUUUUGCCGUAUUAUCCUGGUUCAGUGCCAUCGCCCUACGGACCUGCUGUUCCGACACUGCCACAGCCGACUGAUCAGCUGCAGGGCCGAACAUUUAUAUGCCACAUGAACAUACUGAAUCAAGCAAAUCAAGCCUACACGGACCACAAUCGUUAUGAGUAUCGGGAAGCGUCGCAGAUGAUACUAAGUGCGGUCAGUAAACAGUGUGUCAAAAACGAACUGAAGCAGUCAGUUUUGCAGCAGUAUCUUGAAAAUGUUCAAAUAUUGGAAUUGCGUACCGCGUAA